AUGGUUUCGGAAAUGGGGCCGACGCAGAGCCAGGGCAACGGCCAGUAUGCUUACACAGAGGACCACAACGCCAAGCCGUUCUAUAGGCAGAUCGGAGGAGAUUCCAUAAUCUACUUCGACGUUACUUGGCACAUCAACACGCUAUCUAACUCGACGGACCGGGCAACCUUCAUCGCUCCAACAUCACCGCUCCCACCCCUCGGGCAGUGGGUGACAGAAGAUAUUCAUCGUCCAGAAGCCGAUCCCCCGCCGUUCGUCUCUGAAUGUGCUGGCUGUGACGGGGACUACACGGUCUCGGGUGCCGGCGGCGAAGGUAGCUGGUGCAAUGGCGAGUACCGCUACGCCCGUCGCAAUGAUGGAAAGCCGCUUUUCCAGCAAAUUGGAGGGGAAUGCAUCAUCUAUCAUUUGCAACAAUGGAGAAUCACCUAUGAAAACCAGACCGGCAACGCUUUUGUGGCCAGCUGGUAUUACAUUGCUCCAGGCUUUCCUGAGCCUCCACUGGGCAAGUGGGAGAACAUUCCGUGCGGACUUUGCGGUCGAGAUCCGGCGAGAGUUGCACCUUGUGAUUCCGUGGCGUGCGACUAUGUGGUUUCCGGGGCAGACGGCACUUUUGCCGACCACAAUGGUCAGUACAGGCAAACUGGCAUUCGGGUGAAUGGCAAGCCCGUGUACCAGCUUCAGCAUUCUUUUUUAGAGGACCGAUACAUCUUCUACUUUUGGAGUUGGAAGAUCGGCUUUUUCUAUGAACUUGCGUAUGGUGGGGUUGUGUAUGACUCACCAGCAGAGAGCCUUCCGCCAACUGGCUCCUGGGAACGGCAGAGUUUGCUUGACGAAGAGACUUCAGAUCACUUGCAGGUUUCACCUUGCCGCGAGAGGCCCUCGCUGGUCGCUCUGCCGGUCGUACUUGUAGCCUCGCUCGCCACUUGUUGCCUGGCU